AUGAAUAACACGAUUACCAAGCUAUCGAUAUCAUGUGAUGUUCUAACGGAAUCAUUCUAUUCAACAUUGAACAAAUCGAACCAAUCGAUCAAGUAUCUCAAACUUUUCAAUAUGAAUAGACAACAUUUAGGAUGGACUGGUGAAAUGCUUGUACAAAACAAACAUCUAAAGAAGAUCGAUGUUCGCUCUUAUUUUGCACAUAAAGGUUGGGAAGAAGAUUUCGAAUUCACAGACAUCUUUAUCAAUAAUAUCAACAAUAACUAUACACUAUCAAAAGUUUUAUUAAUCAAAAGCUACAACUAUUUAAGCAAAUUAGUAAAAGAAAUUCAACAAUUUUUAUCAGAAAAGUCAUACAACUUUAAAAUGAUCUAUAACUCCUCGAUUAAAACAUAUGUAAAUUUAACAUUUGGAUUCUUAAUGAUGUCGCCAGUUCCGGACAAUGCUCAUCUUGGUUUGUUCUUGGAGAUAUUCCUCAAAAUACUUGCUACGGUAUGGCUCAAGGAUGUGGAGUCUCUUUAUACCAAUUCAUAUAUUAAUGAUAUGAUUGUUCCAUAUAGUGAUGAUGAAGAUGAUGAUGACUAUAAUAACAAUCAAAAUAUAACAACAACAACAACAAAAAUAGAUGAUCAACCUUUAUCUAGCUCUUCUACUUUAACAGAUAAUAAUACUACUAAUAAUAAUAAUAAUAGUAAUAAUACAAGUAGUAGCAGUAAUAAAUCUAAUAACAAUCAAAAUCAAAAAAAGAGAGAAUUCAAGAAAAUAUAUACAAUUAGAUCGAUCUCUUCAUUUGAGAAGUUAAAUGUACUCGGUGAAGGUACCUAUGGUAUUAAUAAGCAAACCAAUUAUCUAAUUACGAAUCAUUCAAUUUAUACUAAAUUAAUAAAAGAUAGAGCAAAAGAUAAAGAUAAUGAUAGAAUCGUUGCUUUAAAGAAAUUGAAAAUGGAGAAAGAGAAACAAGGAAUGCCUCAAACAUCAUUAAGAGAGAUAGAGCUGUUAAAAGAGAUAGAUCAUGUCAAUGUUGUAAAGUUGCUUGAGGUUGUCACUGGUUCGAGUGAGAACAGUGUCUACUUGGUCUUUGAAUAUCUCGAGAAUGAUCUCGCAAGUCUGGUCGACAGCAUAAGAACGCCAUUCAAAGAAUCGGUUGUAAAAUGUUUCAUAAUGCAACUCUUGAGUGCUGUUGAGUGUCUACAUUCUAAAUGGAUUGUUCAUCGUGAUUUAAAAUGUUCUUCCAUUUCCACAGUCGAUUGA